CACAGACACAUUAGCGACAAAGAAAGAAGAAAAGGAUAUUCUUGUGCACCCCAAUAGAUACUUGUCGAAACCCAAAUUUGUUGCAUUGAAAAGGGGUUUAUCCAGAACACGCAUGAUACUUAAUUCCACUUCACUCUACACUAACUCCUCCAAUUUUGUGUUCUCUCCAGGAACUUGUUCAAAGUAGUUAAUUAGAGGAAACUUUGAUCGAGAUGGCUCAAUUAUUAUCAUCUUCUUGUUCCUUGGCUUUCUCCUCUACAAAUAAACCUUCUUUGAAGCCUUUUAACCAAUGCACAACAUCAUUUUCUAGCACAGUUGGUUGCGAUAGUUCCAGUACUCCACUUAGACGGCUUUUCUUACAACAACAGAAGCCGAGGAAAAGUUUUGUAGUUGUAAAUGCUGCUACAGUUUCAACUGGCCAGGAAGCCCCGGUUCAGACUAGUUCGGGUGACCCUUUUAAACCAAAGCGAGUUAUGGUCAUUGGUGGAGAUGGAUAUUGUGGUUGGGCAACUGCCCUUCACCUUUCUAACAAAGGUUACGACGUUGCCAUUGUAGACAACCUUGUUCGACGCCUUUUUGAUCACCAACUUGGACUAGAUUCUCUGACACCAAUUUCUUCCAUCCAGGAUCGUAUUCAGCGUUGGAAAUCUCUCACUGGAAAAAGUAUUGAGCUAUACAUUGGUGAUAUAUGUGAGUUUGAGUUCUUAUCUGAAACCUUCAAGUCCUACGAACCUGACGCUGUUGUCCAUUUCGGGGAACAGAGAUCUGCUCCUUACUCUAUGAUAGAUCGGUCAAGAGCUGUGUAUACACAGCAAAACAAUGUUGUCGGGACACUGAAUGUGCUCUUUGCUAUAAAAGAGUUCAGAGAGGAUUGUCAUCUAGUUAAGCUUGGGACGAUGGGUGAAUACGGGACUCCAAAUAUUGAUAUCGAGGAAGGUUAUAUUACCAUUACUCACAAUGGAAGGACAGACACUUUGCCGUAUCCGAAACAAGCUAGCUCAUUCUAUCAUUUAAGCAAGGUACACGAUUCGCAUAACAUAGCAUUCACUUGCAAAGCUUGGGGGAUUCGGGCAACUGAUCUGAAUCAAGGAGUUGUAUAUGGAGUAAGAACAGACGAGACUGCAAUGCAUGAAGAGCUUUGUAACAGGUUCGAUUAUGAUGCAAUAUUUGGAACUGCGUUGAAUCGGUUCUGUGUUCAGGCUGCUGUUGGCCACCCACUCACUGUGUAUGGUAAAGGAGGCCAGACUAGGGGAUUCCUCGACAUAAGAGAUACAGUUCAAUGCAUUGAGCUUGCAAUUGCGAACCCCGCUAACCCUGGAGAGUUCCGAGUCUUCAAUCAAUUUACCGAGCAAUUUAAAGUCAGCGAACUAGCCAACCUUGUUACAAAAGCCGGCGAGAAGCUAGGCCUUGACGUUAAAACCAUAUCAGUACCUAACCCAAGAGUGGAGUUAGAGGAGCAUUAUUACAAUUGCAAAAACACUAAACUAGUUGAUCUUGGACUCAGACCACACUUUCUUUCAGAUUCCCUCAUUGAUUCACUGCUUAACUUUGCUGUCCAAUACAAAAAUCGCGUCGACAAAAAGCAAAUUAUGCCUGGUGUUUCUUGGAGAAAGGUUGGAGUCAAAACAAAAACUGUUUAACUUUGCUGUCCAGCCAAAGAAGGUGUGUUCUUGGCUGCUGCCAUAAUCUUAUAAUGUGCUGCAUUGCAUCGAAUGUUUCAAAUUGCUGUAGUCUAGCUUUUGUAUACUACAAUCAUGGGGAUGAUAUAUUUAUGUGAAACCUUCAUACCAUUAUGUAGAAUAGAUGAUCUUUGGAGUUUCAAAGUGCUUUUCCUAGAGAGUCAUAUGCACAUCUAGGUUGUGUUUACUGUUACCAUUUGGAAUAUAAUAUCAGUUUAAUGAUGCUAUUUUAUUUGUUGUUAGUAAAAUAGUACAAAGAAAGUUUUCAUCAAA